CCAUAGGCAGCGUCCAUCCUGUUCACAUAUGCCGGGGACGGCCAGAAGCUUAGAGAGAAAUAGGAAGAGAAGAAGUCUGCCAUCUAUUCAGAAAUUGAUUAUUAAAUCUAAAUUGUUGAGAUUGAGAUUGCAGAAGCCAGAUGGGUAAUCGGUUUGGUAUUGAAGGAUUGAGAAUAGAUAGAAGUUGGGAAAAAGAGACUAAUUAGAAAGUAGUAGGAGGCUUUGCUUUGGAAUUGCUUGAAACUUGAUUGCUUCAAAGUUUGGCUACAAUGCUUAUAUUCAAGGUCUAUUUAUAGGCUCGCAAGGAAUUCUUUAGAAUUUUUAGAUUUUUCAUGAUUCAUUAAGUUUUUAGAGAAUUCUAUAUAAUUCUAUUUUCCACAAUAAUUCAUGCAUAUUAUAUCUAGUUCCUAGAUUAUUCUAUACAUUUUUAUUUUUACACGCCUCUUAUAAAUAUUCUAGAGUUUUCUAGAAUUAUAAAUUAUCUUCUAAUAUCCCUUCUUAAUUUGUAAUUUUCAUGACUUGUCUAAAUAGUAUAAAGUUUUUUAGUAGGUAUUGCCCUUGUGAAGAUGUCUGCUAAUUGCUCAUUUGUUGAGAUGAACUCUAGCUUGAUUUCCUUGUAUCCACGAGUUUUCCGAUGAAAUGAUGACAAAUCUCAAUAUGUUUGGUUUUUGCAUGGAAGACUGGAUUCUUUGUCAUGGCUAUCGCGAACUUGCUGUCGCAGUAGGGAGUAGUUAGUGACUCUUGAUCUUGUUGUAGAUCAGAUUAAAUCCUUCAAAGCCAUACUACUUUACAUGCGGUACUUAUAGCUGAGAUUGCUUUUGCGAUGACAGAGCUAUGAUCUGUUGUUUCUUUGAGGUUCAGGAUAUUACCUUUGAUCCCAGAGUGAAGACAUAUCCAAAAGUGCUUUUGCGAUUAUCAAUACAAUUAGCCCAGUCGCUGUUAGCGAAUUCGGCUAAUGCAUUGUCAUCUUUUAUUCUGUAUUUUAUUCCCACAUUCUUUAUACCUUAAAGAUAUCAAAGAAUCCUCUCAGCUGUUGCUAGUGUAGCUUGCUUGGAUUGCUCAUGAAUUUGGACACAAUGCUUACAACAUACAAUGUGUCUGGUCUUGUUUUUGUGAGGUAGAUCGGUGAUCCGACUAGGAUUUUGUAACUCGAGGCAUCCACCUUCUGCGCUUAAUCAUUCAUUGAUAGCUUUUCGUUCAGCAAAGUUGGUGUAGCUAUUGGAUUUGCAAUUCUUCAUGUUAAAUCUCUUUAAAAGAGCUUCACAGUGCUUUUCUUGAUAGAUGAGUAGUUCUCCUUCAAUUUGUUUUACUUGUAUUCCAAGAAAAUAUUUCAUUAAGUCUAAAUCUGUCAUCUCAAAAUUUUCUUUCAUCUUCUUAAAUUCUUCAAUCAUCAUUGUGUUAGUGUCGUAAUAAAUCAAAUCAACAUAUGGAAAAACAAUAAGGGAGUCCGCACUAUUUUUUCUUCGCAUAUAGAGAUGAUUCACUUGGGCUCCUUUGAAAUCCAUGCUUGUGGAAGUGGUUGCCAAAUUUGUUGUUCCAAGCCCGCAGUGCUUGCGUCAAUCCGUAUAGUGCUUUGUGAAGUUGAUAAACUUUGUUUUCUUCUCGUUUGACUAUGUAGUCCUGUGGUUUUUUGACACAGACUUCCUCUUCAAGUCUUUCAUUUAGGAAAGCUGACUUGCAAUCCAACUAGAACACUUUGAGCUUAAGUUGAAUUGCUAGUGCCAAUAUCGUCCUUAUGGCCUCCAUAUGAGCAACUAGGUAGGGUAUAUGUGUCGUUGAAGUCGACUCUUGACUGUUAAGACUAAUCCUUCGUGACUAAUCAAACCUUGAGCUUCUGAACAAAGCCUCAUUCAUUGUACUUGGUUUUGUAUAUUCACUUAAGACGGAAGACCUCCUUUCCUGCUAGAAGAUUAACUAGCUCCAAUGUCUUAUUCUUCUUGAUCAUGUGUAUUUCUUCAUCCAUUGCUUUUCUCCAAUCUUCAUCUCGAACAACUUGUUCAAACUUCUGUGGUUCAUAAGAGAAGAACGCUACAUCAUAGGAGUCAUAAAUCUAUACUACUAAAAGAGAACAAAUGUCAACUUUUGCAUACCCAUUUUGCCCUUUACAAAUUUCUUAAUUAUAAUUUAUCCUAUAUUUUAUCCUUUUCUUCCCUAUUUAGCCCUUUGAUAACGCCCGACUCUUCUUCCCCUUCUGAUCCGCUCUCCCCCCUGCCCCUCUCCCUCUCUCUGUAUCUAACCGCUCUCUCCCCUGCCCCUCUACCUCUCACUUUGAUACCGCUCGACUUUCCUUCUUCCCCUUCUGAUCCGCUCUCUCCCCUGCCCCUCUCCCACUCUUUGUCUCUAAAUUAAUUUGAUGUUCGGCCUCCUCGCUUCAAAUUUCUCCGUUUCUCAAUGACAGCCCCUCUUCCCUAUCUCUCUUUAAAUUAUUUUGACGAUCGAUCUUCUCACCUUAAUUUCUUUCGUUUUCAAGCGUUGACAAUGUACAUGUCAUUCCCUCAGAUUCGUACGUAUAAUUUGUAAUAAUUUCUAGGGCUUUCCAAUCCCCACCCCCAUCCUUGGAAUUCCAGGAAUCGUGCAACAUGAAAUCUUAAACAAUAGAAGACAUGACUCGCCUAAGGUGAUAUGAUGCCUGUUUUUGUGUAUAUGGAAAUAUUGAUACUAUUUUUGGUGUUCUCACAAUUAUAAGCAAAUUCAUUGGUGGAUGUAUGUUUCCAUAACAAAAAAUCAUUAUGUGUUUAGGAUGCAGCAGAUUCUGUUAAACUGUGGGAUAUUACCAGGAGAUGUCAUUCAAAUAUAGAGAAUAUGGUUUUCGAUGGGUAGCAUGAUUGGAAAAAGAAAAUACAGUGUUAAUUUUCACAUGACAACAUUAUAUUUAUAUGUAUGUAUGUGUACAUUGUAUGCACACAUGCAUAUACAUAUAUGUACAUAGAUGCAUAUAUGCGUGCGUGUCGAAUAUAUACAGAAAUAUAUACAUGUAUUUAUUUUCUUGCACAUCAACAUAAAUGAAUAUAUAUACAUCAUUACAUUUUUGUGCCCGCACGCGUUUGUGUUGUAGGUUGCAAGGAGUCAGCUUGCAAGUUACGGAAAGUAAUAAUAACGAUUUUUUAGCAGAUUUCUUCUAUUUUUGCGCGUGUUUAUGUUGCAGGUUGCAAGGAGUCAACUUGCAAGUUACGGGAAGUAAAAAUAAUGAAUUUUUAGCAGAUUUCUUCAAUUUUUCUGCAAGUUGUUGGUGGAUGACCAUCAUUAUCUCGUAUCAAAAUAAAAAAGGCCCCUGUUUUCAAGCAACCGUCCAUGACAAUACCUGGAAUUCCAGGAAUCGUGCAACAUGAAAUCUUAAACAAUAGAAGACAAGACUUGACUAAGGUGAUAUUGGCCCCUAUUUUCUAACAACCGUCCAUGACAAUACCUGGAAUUCCAGGAAUCGUGCAACAUGAAAUCUUAAACAAUAGAAGACAGGACUUGACUAAGGCCCCUCUUUUCAAACAACCGUCCAUGACAAUACCUGGAAUUCCAGGAAUCGUGCAACAUGAAAUCUUAAACAAUCGAAGACAAGACUUGACUAAGGUGAUAUUGGCCCCUGUUUUCAAACAAUCGUCUAUGACAAUACCUGGAAUUCCAGGAAUCGUGCAACGUGAAAUCUUAAACGAUAGAAGACAGGACUUGACUAAGGCCCUUGUUUUCAAGCAACCGUUCAUCGCAAUACCUGGAAUUCCAGGAAUCGUGCAACAUGAAAUCUUAAACAAUAGAAGGCAGGACUUGACUAAGGUGAUAUUGGCUACUAUUUUCAAACAACCGUCCAUGAAAGUACCUGGAAUUCCAGGAAUCGUACAACAUGAAAUCUUAAAUAAUAGAAGACAGGACUUGACUAAGGUGAUAUUGGCCCUUGUUUUCAAACAACCGUCCAUGUCAAUACCUGGAAUUCCAGGAAUCGUGCAACAUGAAAUCAUAAACAAUAGAAGACAUGACUUGACUAAGGUGAUAUUGGCCCCUGUUUUUAAACGACCGUCCAUGACAAUACUUGGAAUUCUAGGAAUCGUGCAACAUGAAAUCUUAAACAAUAGAAGACAAGACUUGACUAAGGCCCCUGUUUUCAAACAAUCAUCCAUGACAAUACCUGGAAUUCCAGGAAUCGUACGACAUGAGAUCCUAAAAUAUAGAAGACAAGACUUGACUAAGGCCCUUGUUUUCAAGCAACCGUCCAUGGCAAUACCUGGAAUUCCAGGAAUCGUGCAACAUGAAAUCUUAAACAAUAGAAGGCAGGACUUGACUAAGGUGAUAUUGGCCCUUGUUUUCAAACAACCGUCCAUGACAAUACCUGGAAUUCCAGGAAUCGUGCAACAUGAAAUCAUAAACAAUAGAAGACAUGACUUGACUAAGGUGAUAUUGGCCCCUGUUUUUAAACGACCGUCCAUGACAAUACUUGGAAUUCCAGGAAUCGUGCAACAUGAAAUCUUAAACAAUAGAAGACAAGACUUGACUAAGGCCCCUGUUUUCAAACAAUCGUCCAUGACAAUACCUAGAAUUCCAGGAAUCGUACGACAUGAGAUCCUAAACAAUAGAAGACAAGACUUGACUAAGGCCCUUGUUUUCAAGCAACCGUCCAUGGCAAUACCUGGAAUUCCAGGAAUCGUGCAACAUGAAAUCUUAAACAAUAGAAGGCAGGACUUGACUAAGGUGAUAUUGGCCCUUGUUUUCAAACAACCGUCCAUGACAAUACCUGGAAUUCCAGGAAUCGUGCAACAUGAAAUCAUAAACAAUAGAAGACAUGACUUGACUAAGGUGAUAUUGGCCCCUAUUUUUAAACGACCGUCCAUGACAAUACUUGGAAUUCCAGGAAUCGUGCAACAUGAAAUCUUAAACAAUAGAAGACAAGACUUGUCUAAGGCCCCUGUUUUCAAACAGUCAUCCAUGACAAUACCUGGAAUUCCAGGAAUCGUACGACAUGAGAUCCUAAACAAUAGACGACAAGACUUGACUAAGGAUGCAGCAGGUUCUGUUAAGCUGUGGGAUAUUACUAGGGGAUGUAAUUCAAAUAUAGGUAAUAUGGUUUUUUAUGGGUAGCAUGAUUGGAAAAAGAAAAUACAGUGUUAAUUUUCAUAUGACCGCAUUAUAUUUAUAUGUAUGUAUGUGUACACUGUACGCACACAUACAUAUAAAUAUAUGUACAC